CCAUGACGUAGCAGAAACGAAUGAACAUCGCGGAGUUGAGUGGCAGCUGCGAGCGGUAAUGGAUAACUGUACUGGUCAUUCACACUUUUUAUUGAGCGCUUUCUUAUUGACAUGUUUAUUUGGGCUAUCGCUCGGGACGGAACUGAGCUUUGUGACUUGCGGCUCGGUUGUAAAGCUGUUAAAUGUAAAGCACAAUGUCAGACUGCACUCUCACGACGUGCGCUACGGCUCCGGCAGCGGACAGCAGUCAGUAACAGGCGUGACCACGGUGGAGGACAGUAACAGCUACUGGAGUGUACGGGGCACCAGCGGGGCCCAGUGUCACCGGGGGACUCCUAUUAAGUGUGGUCAGACCAUCCGCCUCACACAUGUCAACACUGGACGCAACCUGCACAGCCACUACUUCUCCUCUCCGCUUUCCUCCAACCAGGAAGUGAGUGCGUUUGGUGAGGAGGGUGAGGGGGACCACCUGGAUGAGUGGACGGUGCAGUGUGGAGGGGCGGUGUGGCAGCGCGAGGAGGCUGUCCGCUUCCAGCACGCCUCCACCGAUGCGUUGCUAUCGAUUACGGGGGAGCAGUACGGCCGGCCCAUCCAUGGGCAGAGGGAAGUGCACGCCAUGAUGGGCCCCAGCCAGCACAGCCUGUGGAGGGCCAUGGAGGGGGUUUAUAUGAAGCCCAGUGAAAGCCCACUAGGGAACAAGGACUACAGCCAUCCUCUACACACAGAGUUCUGAUUCAAUCGGACUACAGCCAUCCUCUACACACAGACUGACUACAGCCAUCCUCUACACACAGACUGACUACAGCCAUCCUCUACGCACAGACUGACUACAGCCAUCCUCUACGCACAGACUGACUACAGCCAUCCUCUACGCACAGACUGACUACAGCCAUCCUCUACGCACAGACUGACUACAGCCAUCCUCUACACACAGACUGACUACAGCCAUCCGCUACACAAUAGUUUUGAUUAUCAAUCAACCUGACCUGGCUCUAUAUACCAUUUUCUUCCCUGUUGUCUCUCUCUCUCGCCCCCCCCGGACCCAGAGUUGUGAUCUACUCUGGCCCCUGGCUCCCUGUAUCCAACCCAACUUAGUUGUCUGCCUACCUGUCUCUUACUCAACUCCCUCUGUUUUGAGGACACUCUCACGCACAGUGGAUCUAAUCUGGGGGUUGCCAGGACAACUACAGAACUCUUUGACCAAUCCAAUCUCUGUCACCUGACCUCAUCAACAGAGACUAUUUGAUACACUAAACGAAUGCUGCUACAAGACGUAGUAAAUACUAUUUUCUAUCUCCCCUCCACACACCUCCUCCCAACGUGGUACUUCAACAUAGACAUGCAAAGGUAUGUGAGACACCAGAACAAAAACAGCUAGUGAUUGUAUUGUUCUGUAUGUCAGAGGUGCUACAUAGCCAUUUUGCUAGAGCCUCUAAGAUGGUGCGCUGCCCCGUGUCUGACUGGUUAUAGAAUAGGGUAAAUAUGACUUCAUUGGUCCCCUGAUAUGAUCAACAACAGACUACGGUCCAUAUCAAUUCUGCAGGUUUGUGUUGAUUGUGCACAGAAACGCUAAAUGGAGGCCAGUGGGAAGAGUGUUUAUUUUUUUUUAAAACAAGUCUUGUGCAUCUACAAACGUACGAAAAACAACAGCCUUGUUACGGUGCCUUUUAUUACAUUAUAGAUUGCUCUCUACUAUUCAAACAAGUGUCGUAUCAAUAAAGAGGAGCAGUUUGAACCGUUUUAAAGAAACAUUUGAAUCCUAGCACACUGCCUAUCCCCACAAUUCUCUUCUUUACCAUGAACAAGUAGGGUUUCUUUGUUUGACUUUCAGUGUAAGUCCAUACAGUAUUACAUAUCCCUUCCAUUGACUAAGCUGAAACAUGAAGAGUACCAUAAUUCUCUGUCCACUACAGUAUUAUGUCACAGUGGUAGGAGUAGAUUCCAUUCAGGAAAUUCAGAACCUGAAUCAUAAUUCCAAUUGAGGAACGGAAAGGAACGUCCCCCGUUGAAAAUGCAAGGCACUUUUUGAGUCUAGAAUUUCUCAAUUCACCUUCUAGAACUAACAUAAUUGGAUUGGAAUUGACCCCAGCCACGCUGUCAUUGUCCCAGGGGUUGACAGCUACAGCCUGUCUGGUCUGACGUGGGUCUUACAAAGUGUUUUCUAUCAGCUGUCUGUGAGUGUUCAUUUCCACAAGACUUGUACAUGAUUGUAAUAGAUACCUCAGAUUAAAUGGAUGUUUUGUGCUAA